AUGGUCGAAGACAAAGAAAUAAAGCGCGUUGUGAAAGCCCAGAAGAAAGUGGAUAAAGGAGUUGCCCUAAGAGCUUUAGUCACUCGUGGCCUGCCUGCACCAGCAGCAACUAAUGCGAGGCGCUCAUCGAUCGACAAAGCUAUCGCGUCUUUCCAGCGUGACAUUGGCGCUCCAUUGUCCAUCGAAGGAACUGUGUCACUUUUGAAGAAGUUGAAGUGCACAGCUGUCCCUCACGUCUUUCCAUGGAACAGUCGGUGCUCAUCCAGUUCUCGGGAGCAGAUGGAAAGAGUGAGCGGACGGCAAAGGGCAACUCAAAUGCAUCUCGAGCUCAAAGACACGCAGCGGUUUAAUGCCUUAUCGGUACUUGGUGCCGAGGAUGAUGUUGUAGAAAGUAACAUGGAUAAUUUAGCAGAUUCAGGUGACAGAAGUUCUACUGAUGAAGGAGUCUCUGCGCAUGCUGUUGAUGUCGCCACGCAGUCUACAGAGUCAUGCAGCUACUCGGCCAGAAAAUUUUUAUUCGAUGACAAGGGCAUGCAAUUUUACACCGGUUUAGAUUCUUAUAAAAAAAUUGAGCUCGUUUUAAACACACUGGGACCAGCAGCAUAUAGUUUAUAUUAUUUUAACGACACUCUACCGAGUUUGUCGGUACCAGAUCAUUUUUUUUUAACACUGGUCAAACUGAGAAGGCACACAACCGACUUUGAGCUCAGUCGGCUGUUUGAAAUAUCUGAAAAGUCGGUAGCUAAUAUAUGCGUAACAUGGAUCAAUUUCAUGGCGGUAGAAUGGGAUGAGAUUGACUGGUGGCCGGUAAAAGAACUCGUGAAAUAUUACAUGCCGUCAGAUUUUAAAAUGAAAUUUCCAGCUACACGUGUCAUACUGGAUGGUACAGAGUGUCCCAUCAUGAAGCCAGCAGAUGCUUUGGCUCAACAGGCUACUUUCUCCUCCUACAAAAAUAGGAAUACAGUAAAGGUUGUCGUUGGGGCGAGUCCUGGGGGAUUAGUGUCAUAUGUGUCACCAGCUUAUGGUGGGUCCACCAGUGACAGGCAAGUAGUCGAAAGAAGUAACUUAAUGAAAAUCUAUGAUUCCGGAGACAGUGUUAUGGUAGAUAAAGGUUUCAGUGUGCAGGAUCUGUUCGUGUCAUCCAAUGUCACCAUUAAUAUACCAACAUUUUUCAAAAAGAGAAAUCGAUUAUCUUGUGCGACAGUUAUAAAUGAUCGUAAAAUUGCAAGCAAACGUGUCUACAUAGAGAGAAUUAUAGGACUUGCAAAAACGUAUAAAAUUUUAAGAGAACCUAUGAACAACACAGAAUUUGCCUUGUCCUCCAAAAUACUUAAAGUCUGCUUCUAUCUAUGCAAUUUUCGAGCAAAUAUUGUUCCAAAAGAUGCAUGAAUCGCAACAUUAACUGUCUCCUGAAUCACAGAUUUUCAUUAAGUUACUUCUUUCGACUACAUGCCUGUCACUGGUAGACAUGGAACCCCAGCAUGGUACAGUAAAACUCGCAUAAGUUGUUGUCGUCUAAUUCGCCAAUUCGCACAAGUCGUGAUGGAAGCCAAAGUCCCGAUUUUCCCUCAUAGUAAAUCCAUUGGAAUAGCCCCACCUAAUUAGUCGUCAUUUAUAAGUCGUUAUUAUGUACAAGUCAUCGCCCUCAGACAUGUCCCAUGUAAUACAAACAACAGUAAUUUCCCAUCUGUACGUCGUCAUCAGAAAAGCCUAUAGCGUGCACGCCGCGCAGUGUACGGUCUAGGGGAUGUGCUACUACAGUUCGUUCCAGAGCACGGCCUCACAG